AUGGCCGCGUCGCACUUCAUGGAGUCACAUCUUCAAAAUGAGACUAUCGACAUGACUACAACGCUGUCUCCUGAUGGAGAAAGCACUGCCGCGAAUGUGGAUGGCCUAGGGUGGUCGGUGAGUCGCAUUGAGAACAGCUCGCUGGCACGAACCAUCUACGGCCUUAUCGCCCUGAUAGGAAUGAGCGGCAACGCGCUUGUCUGCUUCGUCCUCUUGCGCGUCCCGUCGUUGCGCACGCGCACAAGCCAAUUCAUCAUCCAUCUUGCAGUGACCGAUUUCAUUACGUCAUUUUGGGUGAUACCGUUCCACCUGUUCCCGUUCACGCCGCCUAUCCCUCGGGGGUUCGCUGGCGAGCUCAUGUGCCGGUUCUACGUCUCCAAGUACUUAAUGUGGGUCUCCAUUUUCGCCUCCGUCUACAGUCUCGUUUCCAUCACUCUCGAGCGCUACUUCGCCAUUGUGCACCCCAUCAAGUACAAGACGACGUUCUCUCUCAAGUACUCCAUCGUCAUCAUGAUCGGAUGCUGGCUGGUGGGGGCGAUCUCGAACUCGUUCUUCUUCUACGUCUACGACUACGAGGAUGGGACAUGCCUGUUCCUGCCUUACCCAACAUUGUAUCUUCAAAAGGUGAUAGGGGUGUAUAUCUUCUCGUUGAUCUACUUCAUUCCCAUCACAUUGAACCUCGUAUGCCACGCCCGGAUGGUGCAAACCCUGAAAAAGCAAGCAAAGCUCCUCGAGGGAAAUAGGUUUCAAGGUAACGAAGGCAAUCGCAAAAAGCAGAAGGAAGCUUGGCAGCUCAAGAUCGUUCAGGACGUCCAGCGGAUGCUUCUCGUCGUCGUCAUCACUUUCAUGAUCUGCUGGGCUCCAAAUCAGUUCAUCUUCUUGGCCUUCAACCUCGGUGCCAACGUCGACUUCACCUCCUGGUACUACCACUUCUCCGUGAUCCUCGCCGUCUGCAACUCGUGCGUCAAUCCAUUCAUCUACGUGUUUAGGAACCGGGAGUUCAGGCACGGCGUCGCGAAGGCAAUUGGUUGUGACAGAGCGGUGCGACGAUUUGCCAACCGGGUCCGACCGGUGGAUCCAGGAGUGGAGUCCGGUACAGCUGCAGGAGGCACGGACAAUCCUACAACGGGGACUAUGGGGAGCACUCGAGUAGCAUUUGACAAUUGA